AUGGUUCUUCCAAUUAUUUCCUACAUCAUCAACCCCAGAAGUAGGCAUGUUAAACCCGACCCUCCUGCCGAUGCUGUCAAUGUCCUCAAUGAUGGCCAACCUGAUGUUGACGACAACCAGCGCUCAGUACAUAAUCAAUCUUCGGAGCCCGACAAAGUUGCGCCUGAUUUCGAAUAUACAACUCCAGACACCGUAUGGUCACCAGUGACUGCUUCGUUUGGGAAUCCACCUCACAGUUAG